ACUGAAGACACCUAUCAGUUAAACGUUAGCCUUAAUGAGGAAGAUCCUGAAACUCAAGAUGACCACACCAGGAAGGGAAAAAAUGCUUGGUUCAUCCGUUGGGUGGAGGACAACAACCAAACGCAAGUUGGUGAUGCCCAUGACUCUAACUGCAGCUAUCCAGACAAUCUGAGGGGCACUAAACUGUUGGACCUUGACACCCGUCCGUGUUCAGUGGACAUAGGCUUCUUCUACUUCCUGUCCACCACUUCUCUGGUCCUCCUCACCCUGCUGGCGUCCUUCAUCUACCAUCUCCUGAGAUGGCAAGUUGUCUAUGUCUACUACCUCUUCCUGGCUUAUCUCUACGACACCAAGCGGAGGAACAGGCGUGCAGCUAAUCAGUACGACGCCUUCGUCUCCUACAACACCCACGAUGAGCCCUGGGUCCUGAGGGAGCUGCUGCCGGAGCUGGAGGGGAAGCAGGGCUGGAGGCUGUGUCUGCACCACCGGGACUUCCAGCCAGGCAAACCCAUCAUAGAAAACAUCACAGACGCCAUCUACGGGAGCCGCAAGACCAUCUGUGUGAUCAGCCGAAACUAUCUGGAGAGUGAGUGGUGCUCCAGAGAGAUACAGGUGGCCAGCUUCCGUCUGUUUGAUGAGCAGAAGGACGUGUUGAUCCUGGUGUUUCUGGAGGAGAUCCCAGACCAGCAGCUCUCUCCCUACCACCGCAUGAGGAGGCUGCUGAAGAGACAGACCUACCUGAGCUGGCCCAGAGCAGGGGAGUACACCGGGGUCUUCUGGCAGAAACUACAGGUGGCUCUGGAGACCAGGGACUGCCCUGCUGAGGAGAACCCAAUCCUCACCGGGGUGGAGAGACAGUGACAGACAUAAACUAAAUGUAAUAACCUUUAACCUACAGUAUAUGUUCUGAACUUUAUCAGAAAUGUUGUGAUAUAAACACGACUUAAAGUUAUUGACAAAUGCUAAUACAUCUUAUAAUUAGAAACUCAGCUAAUUUACUUGCAUAUAGCUACCUGCCUACCCAGCUAGAAAAAUAUUGAGCAAAAUGUGAAGUGGGCCACUGACUGCAGAUAUGUUGCUAAAAUAAGUUUGCUAUCAGUUUGCUUAUUAACUUUCUUAGCUUUGCCUAAUAUCAUUGGUGUUUUUCUUCUUCAAGUAAGAUAAAAUGUACAAUUAUUAAAACAAAUGGUGUCCUACUGUAUUUUUUGUUGUUAAUUUGUGGGGGGGAAACCCUUUUCACUUGUAAUG